AUGUACUGCGACAUUCCCACUAGCCGCCUCUUACUACGCCCGGUUCAGACAAACGAGGAGGGCUCCAUUGAUCUAGAGAGAUUUCACACGCUCUGGAGCAAUGAGCAAGCUACAAAGUGGAGGUCCGUCCACCACCUCGCAUCCAAUUCGUACUUGCUGGCCUUUUCACUGACAUUUCCGGGCAGCAAACGUGGACCAUGCCGAACUCUGGCGGAGAGCAAGGCUUGGAUGGCCAACAUCGUUCCCAUGCCGAUGCCCACAAAUAACCUUUGCGUUUCAUACUUUGUGCUCUACGCGGAAGGCGACGGCGGCUUUGUUCACCCUGUAAAUGUCGACGAGAAGGAUUGGAAGAUGGCAGGCAUCGUGACGCUGCUGCCCACCGACUGCAAGCUCGCGGACGAGAGCCUCACCUACGCGCGUGGCGCCGAAGGGGACCCGUACAAGGUGCUCGAACUGGGCUUCCUCUUUAUGCCCGAGGUCUGGGGCAACGGGUUCGCAACGGAGAGCGUGCGCGCCGUCAUCCAUGUUUACAGGCGCGACGUCCAGCCGACGAACGCGCUGUUCCCGCGCGAAAUUCUGGCCUUGGUGCACGAGAAGAACGCCGGCAGCCGGCGGGUGCUCCAGAAGGCGGGCUUCAAUGAGGUCCACCAAUCUGAGGCCAUAGAGUGGCUGCCGCUGGUUGACGACUCAAAGACACAGAAGCACACCGUGGUGCACUUUCGCAUGGCUGAUUGA